CUCUUUCUGGUUGCCGUAAUCAAGUGGGAAUGUUGAAUGUGGGAAUGUUGACUAGCCGAAAAUUGGUGAAGGCGGUGUUGCCGCUGACGUUACCCGGAUCUCUGAUCCUCAUGUCAGGACGGGUUUUUGCUGCCAGCGAGAACGAAGAAAGCGAAGAACCAACUCUGCUUACAGAUGAGCUCUCUCUGUACACCACCCCACACACUCGAGUGCAGUGCGUGAAGCCGGAAGUCGGCCCUGUGGAGCAGAGUGUGGCGUCUCUGAGGAAAUCAGCAGAGCCGUAUACAACAUGGUUUCAGGAAAAGACAUCAUACGCGGUGGAUAAAGCAGAGGAGUAUUAUAAGACCAUGGAGCCUGGUAUUGAAGCAUCUGUACAGACUGUGAGAGACACUUCUGAGUUUCUGAUGAAUCCUCCGCCCAAGUUCUACCCAAGUGUCGGUGCCGUGGGUUUUUCCGCAAUCCUCGGACUUUACCUCGCUAAAGGUGGCAGGGUAAAACGACUUCUCUUCCCGACUGGACUGAUGACUCUGAGCGCCUCCAUGUUUUACCCACAGCAUGCUGCCUCUCUGGUCAAGGAGGCUAAAAACCAGAUGUUCACUUUGGGUUCUCAGACACGUGUGCUUUUGGAGGACGUGUGGAAGAGAAAAUCACCCGGCAAGGAGGUGAGCGCAGAGAACAGGAAGAAUUGAAACAGAUAAAGGACAGAUGAAGUAUUAAUAAGGAAAGUUCAUCUCCAGCUGAAAGAGUCUUGACACUUCUUCAUUCCUUGUCAUCAGUUUUAUACCGGUAUGAACUCCACCACUCAGCAGUGUGUAUUCAGUAUAUGAAUCAGUACAGAACGUCUCUCCUGCUGUGUAAACAGUGCUGUUUGUCUGCAUUAUUUCGUGCCAUUUAAUAUAUGUAUUUUAGCAGGGUUUUUCUUCAUUAAUGCCCAGAUGCUUGCAGUCAGCCAGGACAUCAUUUUCUAUCUGACGGUACAAGAAAUUGAUUUGAUUUAAAAUCAUCAUCACCAUCAUUAUCAUCACCACCACUACCACCUUUAUCAUCAUCAUCAACAACAAUACCACCUCCAUCAUCAUCAUCACCACCAGCAUCAUCACCACCACCAUUGUCAUCAUCAUCACCAUCCCCAUCAUUAUCAUCACUAUCAUCCCCACCACCACCAUCAUCAUCAUCAUCACCAUCAUCACCACACUAUGAUCAUCACCAUCAUCAUGACCACCACCAUCACUACUACCACCAUCAUUACCAUCACUAUGAUCACCACCACCACCACAAUCCUCAUCAUUACCACCAUCAUCACCACCACUACCAUCAUCUCCAUCACCAUCAUCUCCACCACCAUCAUCAUCUCCACCACCACCAUCAUCACCAUCAUCAUCUCCAUCAUCAUCUCCACCAGUAUCAUCAUCUCCAUCACCAUCAUCAUCUCCAUCAUCAUCAUCUCCACCACCAUCAUCAUCUCCAUCACCAUCAUCAUCUCCACCACCACCAUCAUCUCCACCAGUAUCAUCAUCUCCAUCACCAUCAUCAUCUCCAUCAUCAUCUCCACCAGUAUCAUCAUCAUCAUCUCCAUCAUCAUCUCCACCAGUAUCAUCAUCUCCAUCACCAUCAUCAUCUCCACCAGUAUCAUCAUCUCCAUCACCAAAAUGCAGAUUGUAAUGAUUUGUACAGAUUGUUUGACAGAUAAACUGUUAGAUAAUUUAGUUAGAAGUGUGUGCUUAUUAAAAUUGUAUUUAAUGUAAACUUUGUUCAUAUUUAUGUUCAGGAAAUAUUUUAAUUUUGUAUAACGUGUUUAUCCAAAUGAAGUAAUGAAGUCAGAAAUUAAUCUCAUUAAAAUAUUUGCUUUAAAACUGUAUAUUAUAUUAUUGUUGUAUUUAUUACAUUAUAUUACUGUCAUAUUACUAUCUUUUCUACAUGUUGUUCCACCUGUGGGACACACCCACUCUAGUCUGAACCUUGAGAUCGUUCCACCUGUGGGACACACCCACUCUAGUCUGAACCUUGAGAUCGUUCCACCUGUGGGACACACCCACUCUAGUCUGAACCUUGAGAUCGUUCCACCUGUGGGACACGCCCACUCUAGUCUGAACCUUGAGAUCGUUCCACCUGUGGGACACGCCCACUCUAGUCUGAGAUGUGUAAGCCUUUCACUUGUGGGACACGCCCACUGUAGUCUGAACUGUGAGAGCGUUUCACCUGUGGGACACGCCCACUCUAGUCUGAACUGUGAGAGGGUUCCACCUGUGGGACACGCCUGCUCUUGUCUGAACUGUGAGAGUGUCUCAGAUGGGGAGAAGUGACGCUGGACAGUAAAAACCUUUCUGUGGUUCAUCUGAAGCACACACGCUGUUGGAGACGCUGACUCAGAGCGUCCUGAUGCAGAGUGCAGGGUUUAAAGACUGGUGUGUGAUUGGACAGGAGGACAGCAGUCUGAUUUAGAGAAGAGACUGAAUGAAAAUGGGGAAGAAGAAAGAAGGUGGAGUUGUACUGAGAGGCAGCGGUCAGUUUGUCCUACGAUAUGAUGUUAGGAAGAAGUGUGGUGUUUCUGCCACAGCCAGCACUCGCCUCUUCCUCUGGGACAAACCAAGUGAUAAAAUUUAUUUAUUUAUUUAUUUAUUUAUUUAUUUAUUCAUUUAUUCAUUUAUUUAUUCAUUCAUUCAUAUUUAAGUUUCACUAGUGCUUUAAGUAUAUUCUACACUUUCUAUCAAUUUCUCUAUUGAACAUGUUACAAUGGUGAAUGUUUUUUUCCUCAGACAUAAAAUGCAUAUUUAUUUUAUUUUAUUUAUCCACAUUUCUCACGACUGGACGUUGUAUAUUCACUAGCAGAAAUGCUUCACCACAUACUGUGUCAAUGUCAGUGUCUGUAUCUAUCAUUUCAAAGCGUUACAUUAAAACCAGAUACUGAAGUGUA